AGCAGCAACGCCGAAGCGUGAACGGCAUGGCGGAGAAAGCGGCGGCGCCACCACCGUCGAAGCCUCUGACAGUUCAGGAGUGGGAAACCCUAAUCGAUGACUUCCAGAACGGCGUCCACCUCAAGUGGAACUCACUGGAUCCUCUCUUCGAUCUCCUUCUCCCCUCUCUUCUCCGCAAGGACUUCCCUCUCUCCCUCAAGCUCCAGCUUCUCAUAUUCCUCGACGAAUUCUCCCUCUCCUUCUUCUCCAACCACCACCAACUCCACCGUCUCGUUGACGCGCUCAGAACCGUCGUCCACGCGCCUCCCGAUGUCGCCGCUUCCACCUUCAAAGACCAGUUCAUGGUUUCCGCCACCUCGAUUCUCAUCUGCGCGUCGGAGGAGAUCGCGGUCGAGGCGCAGACGGAGAAUAUUCUGGUGGAGUUGUUGCUGACGGUUAUAAACCGACCGAAUUACGGUUCGGACCGGCACACACGUGGCAUCGCGUGCGAAUGCCUGAGGGAAUUGGAGCGGUGGAAACCUGGUUUGCUUUCCGAUGUGGUUGGACACUUGUGGAGUCUCUGCCAGAACGAGCGAACUCACGCUUCUCAGUGCUAUCUGUUGCUCUUCACUUCGGUGAUUCACAGCAUCGUCGCUCGGAAACUCAGCGUCUCCAUUCUCAACACUUCCGUUCCGAUUGUUCCUUUCAAUGCGCCGCAGUGCGUGACGGAUUCGGGUUCGGGUUCGGGUUCAGGCUCGGAUUUAGGUUCGGGUUUGAAUGUGAAGGAGUUAAGGAGGGCGAUGGCGUUUUUGCUGGAGUGGCCGCAAGUGAUGACUCCUUGCGGGAUGAUGGAGUUUGUGUCUAUGAUAAUUCCCGUGGCUGUGGCGUUGGAACUGCAACCUUCCAUGCUGAAGGUGCAGUUCUUCGGGAUGAUUCAUUCGUAUGAUCCUAUUCUGUGCCAUGUCGUUUUGAGCAUGUAUUUGCGUUUCUCGGAUGCGUUUGAUGGUCAAGAGGGAGAGGUUUCUCGCAGGCUUUUGUUGAUUUCGAGAGAGGCUCAGCAUUAUUUGGUGUUUCGCUUGUUGGCUAUGCACUGGUUGUUGGGUUUCAAUCGAUUGGUUUUCGAGAAGGCGAAGCCCUCUCUUGUAUUGUGCUCCACCUUUUACCCGGCUCUGUUUGAUCCUCUGGCUUUGAAAGCCUUGAAGCUUGACCUUCUUGUGUUUUGCUCUUGUGUCUUGAGGCUGAAAGGUGAUUCUGAUGAGUUGGUUGAUCCGGUGAAGCUGUUUGAAGAUGGUCUUGUUUGUGUCUCUUCCUUCAAAUGGUUGCCUCCCGGGAGCACAGAGACCGCAGUUGCGUUUCGCACCUUUCAUAAGUUUUUGAUCGCUUCGUCCUCUCAUUCCGAUGAUGAUCCUUCCACCACAAGGAAUCUGUUGGACUCCAUGAUAUUUCGCACUUUGCAGGGUUUGCUUGUGAACUUGAUGUUGGAGAGUAGGAGAUUGGUUCCUGUUGUCGUUGCUUUUGUUGACCGUUUGCUCUCCUGUCAAAAGCAUUCUUGGUUGGGUGAGUGCUUACUUCAGAAAUUUGAUGAGCACUUGCUUCCAAAAGUGAGAAUGGAUUAUAAGUUGGUUUAUUGCUUCCCAAUAUUUGAUAGAAUUGCUGAAAAUCAGACAAUACCUCCUCGUGGAUUGUUAGAGCUGCUCACCAACUUCAUGAUUUUCCUUGUGGAGAAACAUGGCCCAGAUACAGGGAUGAAAUCUUGGUCCCAGGGAAGUAGAGCUCUUGGGAUUUGCCGAACUAUGUUGAUGCACCAUCAUAGCUCUAGAUUGUUCCUUAGACUAUCUCAUCUACUUGCUUUCACAUGUCUCUAUUUUCCUGAUUUGGAGGUUCGUGAUAAUUCAAGGAUCUACUUGCGAAUGCUGGUCUGCAUUCCAGGGAAGAAGCUUAGAGACAUUCUGAACCUGGGAGAUAUGAUUCUUGGAAUUUCACCAUCUUCACACCCAACCUCAUUUUUCAACGUUCAGUCACCUAGACCUUCUCAGAAAUUCAAGACAUUUAAAAACUUAUCAUCCUGUAUUCACCUUGAGCGUUUUGUCCCAUUGCUAGUCAAACAAUUUUGGUCUAUGUCAUUGUCAAAUUUAGUUCGAAGUAACAGUAAACCUGCUUAUCUGGAGGGCAUCAGAGAUCUUGACCCCCCUGUUGAGGAAAAGGAAUUGUCUGACAGUUCCGAUGCACAGAUCAUCCCUGAAACUGGAAGAAUAAAUCAACCACAAGAGCCACUCCGUGUUAUGGAUUCUAAAGUUGCAGAAAUUUUGAACACAUUAAGGAAGUACUUUUCCUGUGUUCCGGACUUCAGAUAUAUGCCAGGUCUAAAAGUUAGAAUAUCAUGCAGUUUGAGGUUUGAAUCUAGUAGUUUCAAUCGCAUGUUGGGAAUAGAUAAAACUGCCACAUCCUUGGAAGAGAUUGAUGCACUUCCUGCUAUAUAUGCUACUGUGUUAAAAUUUUCGUCAUCUGCACCAUAUGGGUCAAUUCCAUCUUAUCGUAUACCUUUUCUUCUCGGUGAACCUCACAAUAAAGAUCCUGCAUCUCAAAAUGCCUCCCUAAGUAUUGUUCCUGUCGGUGUUGAAAAUGAUUCCAGGGAAGAGGAAAAAUAUAGAGCUACUGUUGUGAUUGAUUUGGAGCCCAGAGAACCCACACCAGGUAUAGUUGAUGUUCACAUUGAAACAAAUGCAGAAAAUGGUCAAAUCAUCCAAGGUCAACUUCAAGGAAUUACAGUAGGCAUAGAAGACAUGUUUCUCAAGGCUAUUGUCCCGUCAGACAUCCCAGAAGAUGAAAUACCUCGAUACAACUUUGACUUGUUCAAUACUUUAUGGGAGGCAUGUGGCUCAUCCUCCAGCACUGGCCGGGAGACCUUUCAAUUGAAAGGGGGCAAAGGGAUUGCUGCCAUUAGUGGAACUCAAUCUGUCAAGCUUCUUGAUGUACCUGCAACCUCUUUGAUCCAGGCAACUGAGCGCCAUCUGGCACGCUUUGUUGUAGGUGUGAGUGGGGAGCCACUUAUUGAUGCCAUAUGGGAAGGGGGAAUCAUUCAGAACGUCAUUUUGGAAGAUGCUUCUCCUGAUGCUACUUCUGCUACUAAUCACGAUACAGCUCCACUCUGUCUUACUUACAAUGAUGAAGGGUAUGAGAAGGGGGCUAUUAGCAAUAGCAGAAAAAGAAACCUGGGUUGUUUGCAUGUUUUAAUAUUUCUUCCUCCACGGUUCCAUCUCCUUUUCCAAAUGGAAGUUGGUGAUGUUUCAACUUUAGUUCGCAUUCGUACAGACCACUGGCCCAGCUUAGCUUACAUUGAUGAUUAUUUAGAAGCUUUGUAUCUGUCAUAAGAGCUGUCGUUUCACCUGUAUUGAUGACUGCAGAAAGAUGAAUAAUACUCGAUCAGCUUGCCACAAUGUAUGUCCUUUUUUUUCCCUCUUUUUCUUGUGCAAUACAUAGUUUGUUUAUGUUAUAUGUGGACUGUGGUUGUGCCCUUCAUGAUUCAUUUUUGCUUCUGUGCAUUUUAAGGGCAUAUCAUUAUCCGGUAAGAACUGUUCUCAUGAGACAAGUUAAUCUUUGCCAUCUAUGUAUAAUUGUAUCAUUAAAAUUUGUUUUUCUCAUGAUAACAACUGAGAACAAUUCUCACUUGAUAAGUCCCCAUAUACAUAUAGGGGACUACUAAUUUACUCCAACUUGAUUUUUUAUGUGUAGUAUGCUUGCAAACUACACUUUUGGAUCUAUCAUAGUCCUUUAAAAAACAAGUGAGAGUAUAUUAGCAGUUGGAGCCUUGGAGGGCUAAUAAUAUACUUCCAUUUGUUUUUUUGGAAGGAGUUGAUUAGUAAGCAACACCUUUGGCCAUAUUUUAACAAAUUCAAGUUGUAGCUUGCUAGAAUACUCAUUCUAACAAUAGGAGUGUAGUUUGCAAGCAUGUUUACUAAUAUUCUACUUGUUUUUUUUUUAAAAAAGUCUUUUACCAAGCUUCUACACUUUUAGGAGUAUUUUAACAAAUCCAAAGCUAAGAGUUGGUGAUGCAUCAUAAAGGCUUUCCUUUUUUUAACAUAUAGCUCAAUAAAUUUUCUACUACUGUUAUUUUCCUCAGUCUAGCUCUUGAAGCUUGGCUGAAUUUGCAAUUCUAAAAUGAGUUUCUUUUUAUACAUGAAACCAAACCCACCAAGUACAAAAAGUUUUCUUCUAAAUCCGGCUGUUGUGUUAAAUGCCUGAAACUGUAUUAGAACUUCAUAUAUUGCAGUUAAAAAAUGUAGUCGCUUCAGUAUUAUUUAUAUUGAAAGCUGCGAUAAUAAUUAAUUUUAAUCAACAAUGAUGGAACAAUAAUAUUUAAGAUUGGUUUGAAUUGCGAUCAGCGUGACUUGUACAAUGAGAACGUACAAUUCUCUGCAUAUUUUGUGAUAUGCUCUUUGUGAAGAUUUCAUUCUGCUGUUACAAGGGUCUACCUCUAUUUAAACUGUGCUACAAGGUAAUUUCCCUCUGUGAUGUUUUGUGUCAUUUCUUUGUUAGGGCCUGUAGCAUUUUUUACAUAAGCCAUUCUUUACUUUUAUGCAGGUAGCACUGUCCAGUAAUUUCCUUGCCGUAGGCAUAUAAUUGACAUAAAGUUGUGGCUGGCUUUGUCACGGGGAGUGAUAUAAUGAAGGUUUUAGAUAAAAAUGGAAAUGUUAGUUGUUGUACAUGGUCUGUAACUCUUGUUAUUUGUCUCUAUUUUUAUUUUCCUUUUUUGUAUUGUCUUUGUUGAGGGCUUCUUAUUCUCUAAUCUUUUGUAGUUAUAUAUUUUUCUUUCUCUAAUAAAAUUUAUUCUUUAUAUUUGAAGAAAAUA